GAUCAGACACAGAGUCUGUCAGUACGAUCUCACCUGAGACACAUCCUCACAAAGAUACCGCAAACAUACCAACACACACCCAGUUGAUUUAACAAAGAUGAGUUUAUGAGUGCAGGUAGAUCUGAGGCAGGAUGUUCAACAUGUGAAGCAGAAACAGACGGAGACUCGACAGAGAGCGGUGGGAACGACAGAGACACAGAUGACUCCUCCUCCUUCUCCUCCAGUCCCGAAGCCUCGAGCUCGUUACCAGAGGGACAGUCUGAGGUCCGCCUCCUCCUUGGAGAGAGAUGGGACUGAUGAACAUCUACAACCAGCUUUUUCUAAUGAAGUUCACCUGAGCACAGAUCAAGGUGCUCCUCCUCUUCCUCCUCCUGCUGCUUCGGACCAUGGCUUCAUCUUCCCGACGCUCACCGGUGUCACUGACAUCAUUGCUGCCAAAAUGCCAUCAUUGGCUGGAGUCGCUGCCGCCAUUGGAGGUUCCGCCCCUCCAGACCCCCCAACCCCCCCAGGCCCCACCACCCCCCUGUCUGUAGACAGCAUGGCUAACAGCAUUGCUGCCCACAUACCUAGCUUAGCAGCAGCUGCUAGCACUGUGGCUAACCCAGCUGCCACUAGCUUAAACCCUGCCUCCACCACCACACCAGUACCUGCUGCUAACGCAGGUGCUGCUACCUUAAACCCCGCCUCCUCCACCACAACUGUACCUGCUGCUAACACAGGUGCUGCUAGUUUAGACAGCAUCUUUAGCUCGUUAGCUAACAUGCCCAGUUUUGCAGGGAUUAUGAAUGGUAUGGCUAACCCUGCUGUUAGCUCCACCCCAUCAGCCCCAUCCCCCUCAUCAUCAAGAGUUAGAACUACUGGAGACCCUCAAACAGAUGUUGGGGCGCUGUCACAGCUGGUGACGUCAUGUUUAGACCCGACUGCAGGAGUCACAUUACCCCCAGUAGAUGGAGCUGCAGAGCCGUCAGAUGAAGUUUUAUCUCCGUCUCACACUGUCAACCCGUAUGUCACCGUGUUGGCCUGUUGGGGAACUGAGGAAGCCGACUCUGAGUCGUCCAAUGAGGAGGAAGAAGGAGUUAGCUCUGCCCCCUCUGGUGCUGAUGGACCAAUGGGAGCAGAUUCUGCUCUGAACGCAACUAAAAACAAUGUCCCAAUGAGUCCUACAGGUCGUAUCAUCCCCACCAGGCCGGCUCCGCCCCCUCCCCGUCCUCCUGACCAAUCACAAAAGCCGGGAAAACGUCAGAAGCAGAAGAUCCCAAGAGCAGCCACUAUUCGAGUGUCGAGGAAGAAAGGGGGCAGCAGGACUUCAACUCCACAAAGCGCUGUGGUCCGAUCCAGCUGGCUGGACGUAUGGAAAGGCUUCAGACAUAAUGUUUUGUGGGCCACGCUGGACGGACAGCUGAUGUCUCUGUGGAAAAAACGAACAGACCGGUUCAGUGAGGUGUUGUUUCAUGUCUCCAGCAUCACCAAUGUGAAGAAACAAGACAAAGGAAGAUUCUCUGUUUACUUCAGGAAGAAACAUUAUGACUUCAUGGCUCAUAGUGAAGAGGUUCAGGAUGGUUGGGUCAGUUCUCUGCUGGCGACCCGAGGCCAGCCAAGUCCCACUCCCCCUGAACUACAUGGACAAAUCACCAUCAAGGACACACGGAGCCGAGCCUACGCCGCCAUCUGGGGUCACGACCUCUGGAUUUACACCAACAAAGACAGCUACCAGCUGGGCAUUGCCUCCUUCUCUGUCCCCCUGAAUGUGGCCACAGUCAAAUCUACAGGAAAACACUCGUUUACCCUCAUCACUCCAUACAAGAGAUUCAACCUGUCUGUUGAUUCUUCGAAGGACCUGUCCAUCUGGCUGGACAGUCUGUCCUCGUCUAUCUGCAGUGCUCUGUCCUGCAGCCAGGUGGCAACACGUCUCUGGGAAAAUCCAGACAACAAGGUGUGUGGUGACUGCGGUGCAGCCAAUCCUGAGUGGGCGUCGGUCAACCUGCUCCUGGUUAUCUGUCAGGCCUGUGCAGGUCAACAUCGAGCUCUGGGCAGCAACCUGUCAAAGGUACGCAGUCUGAGGAUGGACAACAAGGUCUGGACUGAGCCACUCAUACAGCUGUUUGUUACCUAUGGCAACCGGCUGGCCAAUCAGGUGUGGGCUGCAGCAGUGCCAGCAGCAGAGCAGCUGCUUCCUGAGGCAUCUGAUGAGGAGAGGUCAAAGUUCAUCCAGGAUAAAUACAGCAGGGGGCGCUACAGACGAGUCCACGCUCUGGCCUCCUCCCACUCUCUGAUGGACCAGAGGCUGCGUGAGGUGGUCUGCAGUGACAACGUAGAGGAAACGAUGUCUCUGAUCUGCUCAGGAACAAAGGUGUGUCAGUCAGACCCUCAGGGCCCCUCCCCCAUCCUCCUGGCUGAGAGGGCAGGUCAGGCUCUGCAGACCGAGCUGCUCCGACUCAACGAGUACACAGAGGUCCCGCCUCAUCAGCCCCAAUCAGCCAAUAGGAGACCUGGCUCUGCCCCCUCAGGUGAGGAGGAGGAGGAGCUUCAUGGUAAACUGGAGGAAGAUCGUUUCCUCUUCUCGUUAGAAAACGACUCAGCAGCGUGUGACGUCCUCGACCUGCGAGAGGUUCUGUCAGUCUUCCUCAACGACGGACCGGCUCAUCAGUUCGAGAUGGUAACGCUGAGUGAUCAGCUGAUCUGUGCUGCAGAUGAUAAGGAGGCUCUGAUGACUCACCUGGUUCACAUACUGAAGGUGAUUCUCCCAGGUGGUGUGUCCUAUGCGGAGGUGGGCGGAGCUUCUGCAGUCAGUAAAGUGAGUGUGGUUGAAGUGGGAGGAGCUUCGGGUCAUUCUGACGCCUGGUUGUUGCUGUGGGAGGACGGAGUCAGCAUUCACCCUGUCCAUAGACACUCACAGCAGAGAUUGGCGAUGGAACUGAGCGUGCUCACUCGUCAUGAAAUGAAACCAUCUGAAAACAUCAUCACCAUGGCAACUGCAGACAGGAGUGUGUCUUUGCGUUUCGAGGAGCACCACAGCUGUCAGUCCUGGUUCAGCCACCUGGAGAGAGCCCUGACCAAUCACAGCUCAGCUCCCCACCAUCCUGCAGCCAAUCACAGCUCAGCUCGUCAGUCUCUGUACCCAGUGAUGGACGUGGGGUCAAGAGGUUUGGUGCCACCGGGCAUCGAACGCUGCAUCUCUCACGUCACAGCUCAUGGUCUGAAGGUGGAGGGCGUGUACCGCCGCUGUGGCCUCGCUGCCAAAGUGACCCGAUUGGUGGAGGCCUUGAUGACAUCACCGAGCUCCGCCCCCCUGGAGAAUGACGAGCAGGGCGUGUUGGACGCCGCCUCUGCCCUCAAACAAUAUGUCCGCCAGCAGCAGAGUUUAAUCCCUGACAUACAGCUGUGGGUGCAGGCCGCAGUGAUUUCAGACGAAUGCUCCAGGUUUAAGGCGUACAGACGGUUACUACGGCAACUUCCUGACGACAACCGAGCCACCCUGAGCGCUCUGUUUGGACACUUCUACAUGGUCCAGGUGUUCUCUCAGGUGAACAAGAUGUCGGCUCAGAAUCUGGCUCUGGUUCUGGUCCCGUCUCUGUUUCAGACUCUGAACCACGAUCUGAUUGGACUCACCAGAGAGUUCAUCAUCCACCACACACUGCUGUUCCUGACACCAGGGGGCGAUCAGAGAGAGGAGGAGGAGGAGAUCACUGUGUUCUGAUGAAGAGGAAGGACAAACCUGAAGACCUGAAUUCACGUCACAGAUUUCUUCAUUUUCCUGCAGAUUAAAAACUCAUUUAUGGUCUUUGAGGUUUUGUUUUGGGGAAUCAAUAUUUUACAGAAGGAGAUAUUAUAUAACAUGGUGGAAUAUUUAACGACUAGUUUAUCUCUCUUUGGUGUUUGAUUGUCAAAGAAAAACAGUGUAAAGUUUUGUUCCUGCUCCUGCAGUGACAGCGCCCCCUACAGUGGAUUAAAUGUGUGGAUGGUCAGUUUAAAUAGUUUAGUAGACAUUUUGCUCAUUAAUCAGAGUUCAGAGAAACUGAGGAGAAUUUAGAUUUAAAACAGGAACGUGUUGUUUAUUAUCAGACUGAUGAAGGAAGAGUUUAAAUCAUUUAACUGUGGAACAUGGUCAGUUAUUAAAAAAUAAAAACAAAACUGUAAAUGUAGAAACUGACAAAUUAAAAAAGUAAAACCA